AUGCCAUGUGGACUAAGGCAAUUGAGUUCUCUACAUAGGCUAACACGCUUCAUUUUGCCCCAGAAAAAUGCUCUUGCUAAGAAUUAUUGCAGACUUGGGGAACUAAAUGAGCUUAAUAACAUCCGGGGAAGCCUUAGCAUUGAAAAUUUGGGACACAUAACAGAUGCGAAAACAGAAUCCAGGGUUGCGAACUUGAUAGAGAAGCAUUCUCUGGAUUCUUUGGCACUUCAAUGGGGCAAUUUCGAUACUGAUGAUGCAGUAAUUGGGAAUAGAGAUGAAGCGCUAUUAGAUGGACUAAGGCCGCACUCAAAUUUACAGAAGUUGACGAUCAAUGGAUAUAAUGGCGAGAGCUUUCCAAGGUGGAUGAUGGGUAGCCUUGUGUCUUCAUUGCCAAAUUUAGUUGGGUUACGCUUGUGGAAUUGCGGAAGAUGUAAACAUCUCCCUCAAUUUGGCCCUAGUAAGUUGAAGCGUCUAGAAAUCACGGAGAUGAAGUUUCUAGAAUAUUUGCCUGAGGAGUGUUGGAAAAGUCUUUCUUCACUUGAAUUUCUUCGCAUCAAAUAUUGUCCUCGAUUAACUUCACUCUCACUAGGUAUGCAACAUCUAUCGAACCUUGUGGAUCUCUCUAUUCGGUCUUGUGAGGAGCUCGAUUUAUCCAAGGACAAAACCGGCAAAAUCUUAGAUUUCCAAGGACUUAAGAGUCUCCGGUCCGUGGAAAUCAUUCACCUUCCCAAACUAGCAUCUCUCCCACAGUGGCUUCUACAACUCAGCAAUCUUGAACGUCUCGAAAUUUCCAGUUGCGUCAACUUGAAGGCGUUACCUGAGCAUAUGAAGGCCCUUCAGUCACUUCAACGGCUUAGAAUCUUCCGGUGCGAAGGCUUGCAAUCCUUAGUCACCUAA